AUGGGAAUCCUUCUCCAAUUGCUGUUGAGAGUUUCCCUGUUGAGACUGAAUAGAUCCCGCAGUCCUUAUUCCAUUCACACCAAUGAUCUGGGUGAUAGUGCCGUCUAUCCAAAUAGACCGCCCGAUGUCGACUGUUGGUUCGAUCCAGAGCCAAAAAGACCUGGCUGCGUGUUUGUGGUAGAAGACUGUCCAAAAAGUCCGCCUGGCUUGUUACCAAACAACCCAGUCGAAGUGUUCGAGUUAGUGUUGUUGUUUGCUCCUCCAAACGAGAAACCGGUAUUAGACGUCUGGCCUGCAGUGUUGUUCGCUCCAAAAAGACCUCCCGAUGCCGCUGCCGUGUUUCCAAACGAAAAGCCGGGUUUAGAAGCAGUCGAGUUGUUCUGGCCAAACAGACCGCCUGAAUUCGAGGUGUUCGAGGUCAAUCCUGUGGAAUUGCCCGAGUUGUUGCCAAAAAGCCCCGUCGAGCCCGUCGAGGCAGGGUUGUUGCCUCCAAAAAGCCCGCCUCCCGCGGCCGGCUGCGAACCCGUAGACGCGUUGUUCUGGGUGCCCCCGAACGUCAACGCGGGCUUCUGUGCCGUGUUUGACCCAAACGAGAAUCCUGACCCUCCAGAAUUGUUGCCAAACAUUGUUAAUGUCUUGAAAUAA